AGUGUGCAGACAGCUAUAUCGCUCACAAUGCACAUGCUAGUGGAGCGAUCGCGUUCCUUUUGGGGAAACUGGUAUGGCGGACAAUAGAACUCGCGGGCUUCAAACAUAGGACCCUCCCCGCAUAUCCAGUUAGUGGAGAGAUCAGUGGUUCAGUCAUCCGUCAUUCUUCAUUUUCUUCAUUCAGAAUACCCAGCUUGUGUGUGAAGCACAAUACACCUUGUUUACAGCGAGCCUCGGGAAGGAUUGAUUCAGCGUGCAACGUGUACAGAAAAUAAUGGCGUUUUAAUCAUGAUUGAGGUGUACGAAUUAUAGAAAUCAGUGAUACCAAAGAUAAUUGCAGCUCUUACCAAAGUGGUCAUAUUGAUCCCGAUCUUGAGCGAUAAGUAACACUGAUCAGCAAGACGGGAAACAGAGUCGGUGAGAUUCCUGUCUGAGGAGGGUUAAGAAGAGUUUGCAAGUGAAUCUCUGAACAACUUGUCAUCAUCAUUCCUAUAGGCCAACCUUUCGACUGUAGGCAUGGCUGAAACAGCAUCCCUCAACACCGACGUUAUUCUCCGCAUCGCAAAUCAGAUCGAAGUCAAUGACACCGGUAAAGAAGACACGAUACGAGCCCUUGGACUCUCCCUUGAACUCAACAAGGAUAUCGUCGACCAGGCGUUAACCCUGAUCGGCAGCAAGUCAUCGAAUCUUGUAGAUGCAACACGCCAUCUUCUCAACGAAUGGGUAAACGACCACGGGAGCGAUGAUAAGGCGGUUAAAAAGCUGAAGACGAUCCUGACAAAGAACGGUUAUUCCAAGAUGGCGGAUGAUCUCAAGGAAGAAUCUACCAAGAAGUCUGUUAAAAAUGGUCACACACACGAGCCACAGCCACAAUCGACAACAGACAGAAUUAUUACAUUAGUCACAACAAUAGUGGUAGCCUUUCUGGCUAUCACGUACAUCCACUAUCGAGACUUCUCUUAAAAGCCAUUGGUCUAGACUCAAAAAGAAAAUAUUACCUAUGUGUGGGAGCUCGAAGGAAGGUGUCUUGAUGCGAACUCGUCUGGGAUAAAAGGAUACAUCUCUUUCAGAAGGGAUGGUAGCAUGAUUUGCUGACUUGUCUUGCCUUGAUUUGACUAUUGCACUGAAUCCACAUGGCCGGCCUCUAGGUACUGUGUUCAGAUUUGAUGAACCUCAAGGAGUAUUGUCGGAAUGAAGAGGACACACUGCGUGUUUGCCUGAACUUGUAUCGGUUGCUGUUCAUAAGCCAUACUUAUCAAGCUUGACCAUGUGUCCCGUGUGUCUUAUCACACUCUGUUGAAACUCUUUCGUGAAACCGUAUUCACUUUUAACGAUCCACUGUUGAGGAAAUAAUAUAUACUUUUCUCGUGAAAACAUCACCUGAACCGCUUAACGUCGAUAAUUUGAAUCGGUAUGAGUCUCACCAUAUUUAGUCCAUGGUCUCACUGAUUGAAAAUGGUCCUGGGUCCCGUUGCAUAAAAAUUACUUUUAUUGUAACUUUGCCAUCCUAUCAUAACUACCAUGGUAACGCUGAUCACCAAUAACCAAUUACAAAAAAUCAAUGAUUCCAGACAAGUUACCAUUGGAUGGCAAAGUUGCCAUAAUGGAAACUGAUGCAACGGGGCCAUAUACGCAUUGUGUCUAAAGUUGAUGGUCUAAUUAAACAUGCAGGUUGCAUAGUUUGUUUACUUUCUAGCCUAUAUUUUUGUUUUCCGUUUUUUUAUCAUAAUGAUAAUUUACGCAGGUUUGCUCGCCCAAAUGUGGUUGGAUUCAAAAUUGUGGGUCCAGAAUCAAAAUAUUAAUCUUUAUAGAAUAAAGUAUCAAUACCCUACCGAAGAGAGAUGUAAAAGGGGAAUGUAACUCAAAGGAAGAGUUGAAUAUUCAAAAUAAAUCUUAUAUUAGGCUUAUUGCUAUUUACGACCCCUCUGGAUUGAUAUUGAAUCAUUAUGAUUUAGAACAUAAGUAUACGCCAAAUGGGAGAGUUGUCUUUAUCACAAUCUACCCAUCUUAUUACAAAACAUGAUCUCAGUCAUUUUUUAAACAGUUUUUCCUUUUGCUCGUUCGAUUUCUUUUCAACUUUCACUCUGCGAAUUUCACGUUUUUCUCCUUUAAAAAAUGUAACCUUAAAUAAUAUCAUCUAGAAAAUAUAUUUUUUCCUAACGAGUCUUAACAUUUUGUUCCUUAAAGCCAUGUAUGUCUCUCUUUCAUGGCAUAUCGAUGAUACUAACAGUUAAAUUCGGGAGUAGCGUUGCUUAUGCAGUGCAAUUUCUUCGUGAAAAAAAAGAUGAUGAUUUCUAAGUUUCUUCUCUUAUUGUGGAAGUGGAAGGAGGGUUCACGUGUCCGUUCAUAAAAUGAUUGUUAAAUUUUCUGCUGAAAUUAAUGAAAGGUACAUGUUUUGACAAUGUUGGGGGUCAUUAAGUUGCUGUGUACUAAUUCCCGCAGCUCUUAUCUGUAGCCACAUGCAUACAGUAAAAAGUAAAAAAAAAAUAGCACGUUGUUUAACCCUGUCACUCUAACAACAAGUUGUUUAAACUUUUUUGUAAUUGUUUAAACUUUUAAAACAACUUAACUUGUUUAAAUGUUUAAACAGUUGUUUAAAAGUUUAAACAGUUAUUUAAACAAUAGCUGUUAGAGUGACGGGCUUAUACACCGUGCUUAAAUUUUAAACAGCGUUUUUACAAUGCAGAUUGUCAGAAACGAAUUUACCCGACAUAGCAGUCAUGUCAAAAGAAGAGGUAGACAAACAAAUUACAAAAAAUUAGAUCAGCACUGUAUAUAACUAAAUAUAUUUAAUGUUACUUUACUGUACAAAAGGGAUGUGUUAGAUGUGUAAAAUGCAAUUAAAAGUGAAAAUAAAAAUGUUCUCCAUGUAUGAA